AUGGGAAAUCCUGUGAGUUCCAGGAAGACUUGUGAAUUGGAAGUUGAGUUGGAAUAUUGUGGAGGAUAUUGUUUCUCAGUUGCCUCAUCUUCCAGCGAGACCUGUAGACUGGAAACAUUACUGGAACAUCUUGGAGAGGAGAUCAUUUCUCUGUUAUCUCUCAAGGCUCCGGCAAGAGAUAUGACGCGGAAUUUGUACUGGGAUGUUGUGGAAAUAAUUAGUUCUCUCUUGCCUCGGCUUCCGGGAUUCCAGCAAGAGAGUUAUGAAGUGGAAGUUGUACAGGAAGUUCAUGAAAGUCUUUCUUUAUCUCCGUGUUGCCUCGCCCUCCAGGAAUCCAGGGAGAGAGUUAUGAACCGGAAGUUGUACAGGAGCUUCAUGGUUCCAGGCAGAUAUAUUAUGGGUCUUCCAGUGAAUGUGUCCUCUCGUCUUCCAGGAAUCCAGCCAGGACGGGUGGAGAAGAAGGGAGGCGCGUGGUGCCCUAAGGGUCAGCUCAACGCCCAGUCGAGGGAGUACCUGGAGGUGGACCUCGGGGGGAUACACCUGGUCACUGCCACGGGUACUCAAGGGCGUUUCGGCAAUGGCAAAGGGCUGGAGUACACGGAGGCGUACAGGCUGGAGUACUGGAGGCCGGGGCUACCUGACUUCAAGAUCUACACCAACGGCUAUGGCAACCAGAGUUAUGGCAACUCUUUUUAUAACUAUGGCAACCAGGUGAGUUUUAUGACAACUCUUAAUAUUAAUGGCAAGCUAGGGUCAGACCUUCCCUGGAACGUCAACACCUACCUGGAGCAGAAGAACGUCCUCUCGCCGCCCCUGACCGCCAGCAAAGUGAGGUUUAUCCCCGUCACCGUCCACCCACGGACCAUCUGUCUCAGGGUCGAGAUAUACGGCUGUAACACUACCGGUGGGGUGGUGAGCUACAGCGGGGUGGACGGGGUAGUGAGGGACCCCGGCUUCCUGCUGGGGGAUGACUCGUAUGACGGGGCGCGGGGUCCUGGCCUCCUGCGUCACGGACUGGGCCAGCUGUACGACGGGGAGCUGGGGCGACCUCUCAACAACCUGCAGCUACAGGCUUACGGCAGAGGCAAAGGCUGGGAGUGGGUCGGGUGGUCGUCGGAGCAGCUUCAGGGAGAGCCACUUCACCUUACCUUCACCUUCGACACUAUGAGGAACUUCUCCAGCCCUCCUGCCUCUUCUCAGCCCCGAGGACGACUUUGUGAAGCCGAGGUUUACUUCGGUGAGGACGGGACCCACUUCCACGAAAAGCCUCUCAAGUCGACCUCCAAGUGGCCUGGCUCCUCCUUGACCUCCGGCAUCCACAACCUCACCCUCGACCUCCGCCACCGCACCGGGAAAGUCCUCAAGAUACUCCUCGGCUUCCCUGGUCCUUGGCUAGCCUUGAGUGAGGUUUACUUCGACAGUGAGCCUUGUGUGUGUAACUUGACGGACUGGACGGACGGAGAAGCGUCCACACCAGCAGAACACACAGCUGGACGACGCGACGACUCUCGCGACGUGUCGGCGGUGUCGGCUGUGCACGCCCACACCCGCGCCUACAUGGGCGUGGUGAUCGGCUUCGUGGUGGGCGUGUUCCUGCUGGUGGCCGCGGGGCUGCUCAUCUACGUCAGAAGACUCCGGAAGAAGAAGUCCUCACCCCACGUGCUCAAGAGUCCUCUCUCGGACUCAGCCAGUGUGGCCUUCGACCUCAAGUCCCUGAGGAUGGCCACCAGCUACUCGGGGGCCGGAGCGGCCAUGUACGGCCCCGUCGCCGUACCUGACGAGGAAGGUUCGCUGUACCACGAGCCCUACAAGACGCCGCUCUUCAGUGCCUCAGAGUACAGCGUGGCCACCAUAGGCCGCCACCUGAGUGACUACAGCAAGGAUGGCGCGGGCACGCCUGCCCAUCAGAGCGCCAACAGUGGCGUGGUGGGCGGGGAGUACGCCGUGCCCAUCCUCUCCACGCCUCCCCCACCCUUCAACACCAACGCCUCCACGCCCUUCACCACCACGCCCAUCAGCGCUCCGCCCACGCCUUUCUCCCACGCCACCACUCCUCACUCCGCUACCUCUACGCCCUUCAGCACCUCGGCACCUCACCCCCCCCCUCAACGCUGCCCCCCAACGGGUUCCUCCCUGAUGCGUCAUCCCCUUCCCCCCCCGCCGCCCCCCGUGCCGCCCCCUCCCGAGAAGUACCUCACCCCGCCCAUCGUCUGUAAGGGCGUGAGUGUGGUGGGGCCGUGUGGGUUGGCGCAGUAUAGGAUGGAAGGCAUGAGCACCCUGAAGCCAAGGAGCCCCCGGGAGAUACAUCGUCAGGUCCUACACUUCGCCGACAAGCUGGGAGAGGGCGACUUUGGCACGGUACACUUGGGGGAGGCGCCGGGCGGGGGUGAGUCUGGGGACGCCACGGGGACGCUCAAAGCUGGGGUGGUGGUUAAUGGCGUCGGUAUUAAUGGCGUCACCAGGCAGGUAGUCCUCGCCUCCCUCAAGCAGGAUGCAUCACCUGAGGUUCGUGAGGAUGCUUGGCGCCAGGCUCAACUCCUGGCUACCUUGAGUGACCCCAACUUAGCGAGUCUGGUUGGGGUGGUGAGCCGAGACGACCCUCUCAUGUUGGUGCUGGAAUACCAUCCUCUGGGGGACCUCAACCAGUACCUACGAAGACACGUACCUGAUACCACCACACCCAGGCUCAACCAUAUGCGUCCCAUCAGCUACGGUUCCAUCAUCUACAUGGCGACUCAGGUAGCCUCUGGGAUGAAAUACCUGGAGGCUCACAACAUCACUCACCGAGACCUAGCCACCAGGAACGUGCUGGUGGGGGCGAACUACCACAUCAAGAUCAGCUGUGUAGGGUCGUGUAGGUCCCUGUACGCUGGCGACUACUACACCAGUGACACCCAGUACAGCCCCCUGCCCAUACGCUGGAUGAGCUGGGAGGCCCUCUUCCUGGGUCACUUCAGCAGCCGUAGUGACGUGUGGUCCUUCGGGGUGACCUUGUGGGAGAUGUUAACUCUGGGUCGUCAGCAGCCCUACGAGCGACUCUCUGACGAAGGUGUGAUAGAGAACCUGGCCCACUUCUAUCAUGAUGACGGCGGUGAUAUGUUCCCGACACAGCCCGCUCUCUGCCCUAAGGAAAUCUACGACUUGAUGCAGGAAUGUUGGCGCCGUAACGAAGGAGACCGCCCUAACUUCAGGGACAUCCACGUGUUCCUGCAGCGUAAGAACCAAGGAUACUCUCCCGAGGCGUGAAGAAUGCGGUGGAUGACUCUCUACGAUAAGGAUGGUGAAGUGUUGGUCACCAGGAUAGGAUAAACAGCUUGGUGUAGGAUAUGUUUUUGUGAUGUUUUCGUCACUAGGAUAUAUGAAGAGUUUGGCGUAGGAUGUGUUCUGUUAAUGUUCACCAGGAUAGGAUGUGUUUGAGAUGUGUUGGUAACCAGGAUAAGAUGACAAACUUGAUGUAGGAUAUGUUUUGUAAAGUAACAGUUACCAGGAUAGGAUGUGUACUGAGAUGUGUUGGUAACCAGGAUAGGAUGAUAAACUUGAUGUAGGAUAUGUUUUGUAAAGUAACAGUUACCAAGAUAGGAUAUGUCAUUAUAAGGACGGUCACCAGGAUAGGAUGAAGGAUGUGUGAUAGGAUGUGUUUACUUGGUGACUGUAUAGAGUUAUUUGCUUUUGAAGGAGGAGAUAAGGAAGAGGAGGAGGAGGAGAAGGAGGAGGACGAGGAGAAAAAGAUGGAAGAGGAAGAGAAAAAGAAGAAAGAAAAUGGAAGAGGGGAAAGAGAAAGAAGGAGCAGAGGCGGAAGAGGUGGAAGAGGGAGGAGGAAGAAGAGGAAGAGAAGGAGAUACAGUGAAAGUCAGAAGAGAUUUAAUUGGAUGUUUCUGCUGGAGGGAAGAAGCAAGGAGGAAGAAAGGGGAGGAAGAGACGAAGCUUCGAUGAUUGAGAGAAGAAGAAGAAGAAGAAGAAGAAAAAGAAGGAUAAAAAUAACGAUUCGGUGAUUGGUAGACAGAAGCGAUUAGAUGAAUAAUAAAACUUACAUGAUUGGAAGAAGGACUUAUAAAGCACUGAAGAUUAGACGAUUGGAAAACAAAAGACAAUCAACAAAAACAGGAAAAACUAAUGAUUGGAAGGAGACAUAAACAGAAGAUUAGACGAUUGGAAAUAUUACUGAGGACACAACAACACAACUCACUGCACUCAUUCUUACAAGGAGUUUGCUUUCAGUCUUCGAAGGAGUUGGUGAGAGUCCUUAAGUUGACAUCCUUCAACGUAGGAUAUCUUGAACUCACUGCCAAGGAAUUCCUCAGGUCAGACAAACUGUAAGAUGGAGAUUCAGUCACGGCUGUUGAGAGAUAAGUGAUUAGGAAGGUGAUUAGAUGUCAAAAUUCGUGAUUACAGGUGAACUAGAAGUGAUUAGAGGUGAUUAGUGGUGAAAAUACUUCCUGUCUGUUAAAGAGGACAAUCAGACCAUCCUAUUUAUCAAAGACAAUCAGAUUCUCCUGUUUAUCGAAGAAGACAAUCAGAUCCUCCUAUCUAUCAAGGAAGACAAUCAGAUCCUUCUAUAGACGAUCAGAAUCUACUCAAGAGGCAUCAGACGUGUUUACUCCCCCUCCCCCCCACCCUUCGCCCCUUCCCCCUCCAAGAACACUGUGUUUGUUUGUGCUUGUUGGUGUGUUUGUAGAGGCGAAUUAAGGCAAGAGAAAGUUGUGGUGAAAUGAAGAGAAAGUUGUGGUGAAAUGAAGGAAAAGUUGUGGUGAAAGCAAAAGAAAACUGAUGAAAGAAGAAAAAAAUUGUGAAAGAAGGAAAAGCAAUAGUGAAAGAAGAGAAAGCUAUAGUGAAAGAAGGAAAAAUAUGUGGUGAAAUGAAGAGAAAAUUGUGGUGAAAGCAAAAGAAAAGUGAUGAAAGAAGAAAAAAAUUGUGGUGAAAGAAGAGAUAGCUAUAGUGAAAGAAGAGAAAGCUAUAGUGAAAGAAGAGAAAGCUAUAGUGAAAGAAGAGAAAGCUAUAGUGAAAGAAGAGAAAGCUAUAGUGAAAGCCAAAGAAAGAAAAAAAAAAGAAGAAUGAAAGAGUCUUGAACAAGGUCAUCCGCCACAUCCCUUAUAAUUGCAAUAACUUACUGAUAAUCGACACAUUAUAAACUCAUUCAGAAAAACAGACAAACAGACAUAUACAGGACACGAUAAAAGACACAACUCAUUUUAAUUGGGACAUCAUUUAGAGCCUGUCUCUCUCUCUAUAUAUAUAAGGCACUGUAACCCUGAGAUAAAUGGGUUAAAGGACACUAUAUAAACGAUACGAUUUAUAUAUAUCUCUCGGCUAAUCGGGUCAUGUUAUAAAAGGACUGUAUUCUUAUAGUGGUUAUUACUGUGGGAGGGAGUGUGUUUUUAUAUAUACAAUAGCCCCCCUCCCUCUCGUAUAAUGGGUCUAAGAGGACUAUACUUAAUAUCUGGGGAUUAUGGGCACAAGAGUAACCCCCCCCUCCCCCUCCCCCUGCCUCAAGGAGCACGAUAGCUCUUAGAUGACGGGGUUGAGAUGACUCUUGAUAUACAGAAGACAUGAUAUCAAAGGCACCGCAGCCAAGAACCAAGUCAGCUACCUAUUUGUGUUCACGCGGGUACAGUCACCUCUUAAACGCUAAGGUGCUCACUCGAACAUAAACGAGGGAAGAAAAAACGAGAAAAAACAGAAUUCUUUGAGGACACACAGCUGUAUGUUCAUUGGCUGGUAGAAACGUCAAGAAAAGUGUUGGUGAGUGAUAAAAAAAAAUACUUAUAUAUCUACAAAAAAGGUUCAUGACAAACUAUUGUACUUUGGUCAAUACUUUGGUGUGUGUGUGUGUGUGUGUGUGUGUGUGUGGUGUUAUACGAGAGGUGUUUGUUUUAACGUAGACUGUGUUACAGAUGGAUACUUUCUCUGAUAACUUGUGGAAAAAACAAAAACAUAAAAAAGUUGUUUUUGGAGACGUUUUUUAUUAGUGUUGUGAAGGUGUUAAUUAUGGUGUCUGGGUGUACAGUACUGAGGACGUGUUGUGUCGUGCCUCUCCCUCACUCACUCACUCACUCAUGAUAGGAGGUGACUUCUCUAGUGUCUUAAACUGAAGCAGCUGUUUUACCCGUGGCUUUAUAAGUGCCCCUCAAGUGUUACUAAGGAACACACGCAACUGGACAUGUUAGGUGAUGAUCGACCUUACGGUGGCUGUGUACUGUACCAUCUUGCUCACCACUGACAGAGGUCAUUUGAGGACACUAUUGUGCUGUCGUCCCGCACAUGUGGACAUCCUUCAAUGUGGGAGGAUUUCAUAGAAGAUGAUAUCCUUUGGCUUGGGAUGUUAUGAGUCUUCCACGUUGGUAUCCUUCGACCUAGGGACUCCUGGAAGUUCUCAACACUGAUAUUCUUAGUCGUAGGACCACAUGGAAAUCUUCAAGUUGAUAUCCUUCGACGCAGGACCUCGCGUUGUCUCCUCCACCCCAGAGCCGGACGGUCCAACAUUACCACACACAGUACAGUACAGUACUGGGGGAAGGCACAGCAGGGUAUAGCGAACGUUUCAUCGCGUCUUUCUCAUAAACUGUUGUGUUUACAAAAAACGUUCCUGAGACAAAACCAAAAGAGGAAACGUUAGUUAACAAGUGUUGCUCACCACUUCACCUCACCUCACCUCCGAGUGAACACCCCAAACUUGCCUAGAUCAAAACAAAGGAUCUUCCCCACACUGUUGAUCAAAAGAAAGAUGUUUUAUUUUGUCAGGUUCUUACAUCAGCCUUUUUCCUGCUUAAUGGUAAAGAGAUCUUUUAUUUACAUGAUAGAGGAAACAGUAUGUAUAUAACUAUAUUAUGACGCAGCACAUUAUGUGAUUUAACAUUACUUGAAAGCUUUAACUCAACGCAUUAGUUUGUUAGUUAGUGGCAGGUGGACGAGGGUCUCAUCACUUGAUUAAUUACUUCACUAAUUACCACCCGGGCGUCAAUUAGGUAGACUACGUGUUUAAUCUUUUGGUAGCAAUGACUUAUUUGGUCGAUCUAUUCUCGGUUAAAUAAGUCGUGAUCAGUUAUUGUUCUUGACGCUCUGGUGCUGGUGGCUGUGGUGACUUGUGGAGCUGGACAGGUGUGGAGCUGGACAGGUGUGGAGCUGGACAGGUGUGGAGCUGGACAGGUGUGAUCGAGUGUCUUAGGUCACCUGGAUAAAGAUGGUCUUCCUGAAUGUAAAAUUUUCCAAUGAAUCUUCAAGUUGUUACUGUAAGAUAAUAACAGAAUUUAACACCUGAAUGACCCACUUACUCGAUAGGUCAGUUCACUCCCACCACCACCACAGCUUCCCAUACCACCUAUAACAUCACUCUCACAUAACACCCAACACGACACGACACGAUGGGACCCUCCUCU